AUGUUAAUCGUGAAUUAUAUGAUUGUAAAUCAUGCCCGUCCUCUCAAGAGUGCGAGAAUGAUCUCAACACUCGUUGGCCGCUCCAGUCAGGUAUAUAAGCCGGUUCGUAUCAUCUACAAACACCCAAACAAAGAUCCGGAGUUCAACAUCCAUCUAGCCUCUGGCCUAUUACCCGAUCGAUGUUUAAGCAUUCAUAAGAGCUCAAAAAGUAUUCGUCAAAUACGACAUCAUGUAGAUGAAGACAAGGAGAACCGAGUACUUGUCUACAAUUAUGCCACAACCAACGUGCUUGAAAUGACAAACGACUGUCCUCCUCUUCCUUUGCAAGCAAGAAAGAUGAUCCUCAAAGAGGUUGGCCUGGCAUUGAAAGAUAUGCACGCGAGAAACUGGAUACACCUUGGUAAUGUGAAGCCCGACAACGUUUUCAUCGACUGGUUUGUUGAUAUGGAAAGUAAAUUCUGCCUUGAAAAGAUGCAACUGGGCGAUUUAGAUUGUGCUUUGCAACUCAUAGGCACGCAUCUUCUAAACCAUAAGAUAGGAAACGUGAUGUGGCAAAGUCCAGAAGGACAACUGGGGAGGGGUAUGGGAAGCAUUCGGAGGUGUUCUCUUUCGGACUUUUGGCAAGUCAAAUUCAAUCCUUACAGAGUCCCAGUUUCUAGUAAUAUGUGUCUUUUCGUGCUCACAGGGGUUGCAUUCUUUCACCCCGAUUUUGAGAGUCUACCUGUAGAAUCGGAGCGGGUAAUCUUGCACAAGUCACUGUCGAACUUUGGGCCGCUUCCGGAUGUGCUUGUAAAGCAUGUGGAUGAUGAGAAAGCAGGCGAGCUCUUGAAGGAUCUUUGGAAAAUGAUUGAACAGGAUGAGGAGCGAGCUGAAGGGGCGGAAAUGGUUGAUAUCAUGACGGAUCCUUAUUGUGAUGGGGUUGGUUCUAAGGGUAUUUUUGGUACUGAAGAACGUUUUGUAGAUGAUGUCAAUUAG